GUCGAGGCGUUAUGCGCUUCUUUGUGUGGCUCGUAAGUUUAUCUGUGAAAACGGACCGGACGUCACGUCAGUAAAUGAUGUUCGACGUUAAUUACCUCACCAUGAUGCCAUGUCUCACUUGUUUAACUUUACAUUAUUCGGCCGUUGCCCGGUCAGUACGUAGCUGUAGAGCGACGCCGGGCAGCAGUGGAGCAGCUGGUUCCGGGAGAAGAUGCCUGCUGGUGUGUCGUGGCCGCGCUACCUGAGGAUGCUCGGAGCUAGUUUGCUGGCCAUGUUUGCGGGAGCUGAAGUGGUCCAUCGCUACUACAGACCCGAUCUGACAAUCCCUGAAGUUCCACCACAACCUGGAGAACUGCAGACCGAGCUGCUGGGGCUGAAAACCCACAAGGAGGCUCCACCAGGGAGACACUGAUGUCCAUCUGAGCUUUUCACAUAGUCCAUAUUGUGUUCACUGUACUCUUGUAACUUUCAGUGAGCAUUAAUAUUAAAAGCAUUUUUGUAGGAUAAAGUUGUCUAGGAAAGGUACUUGUGCUAGUUACACAGAACAAUCCAGGACACUUAUCAAGCCAAAAAUAAUUUGCAUUGAACAUGUAUCUAAGUGCAGGA